CGCACAGUGAUCAUGGGGCUGUGGGCACUUAUCGGCUGGGCAGCCCUCCUGCUGCUGGCACUGAUACUGAUCUGCUUCCUCCUGUUCAGUGGAUACAUCCACUAUAUUCAUAUGAAGUAUGACCACAUCCCAGGGCCGCCCAGAGACAGCUUUUUCUUGGGACAUUCACCGACAAUGCUCCGCUUAAUGAAAAACAAUUUGCUCAUGUAUGAUCAUUUUCUGGGAUGGGUUCAGAAGUAUGGCCCAGUUGUUCGCAUUAAUGGAUUACAUAGGGUCAUUAUACUUGUUGUUAGCCCUGAAGCAGUAAAGGAACUUCUCAUGUCACCAAAAUACUCCAAGGACAAGUUCUAUGAUGUUAUUGCAAACAUGUUUGGAGUGAGGUUCAUGGGAAAGGGUUUAGUGACUGAUCGAGAUUAUGAUCAUUGGCAUAAACAGAGGAGAAUUAUGGAUCCUGCUUUCAGCAGAACCUACCUAAUGGGUUUAAUGGGGCCCUUUAAUGAAAAAGCAGAGGAGCUGAUGGAGAAACUAAUGGAGAAAGCAGAUGGAAAGUGCGAGAUUAAAAUGCAUGACAUGCUCAGUAGACUGACAUUGGAUGUAAUUGGCAAGGUUGCUUUUGGAAUGGAAUUGAAUUCCCUCAAUGAUGAUCUAACACCGUUCCCAAAAGCUAUUUCACUGGUUAUGAAAGGUAUAGUGGAAAUGAGGAAUCCAAUGGUAAGGUAUUCUCUGGCAAAGAGAGGGUUCAUCAGGAAAGUGCAGGAGAGCAUCAGGCUGCUUCGCCAGACAGGGAAGGAAUGCAUUGAAAGGAGACAGAAGCAGAUACAGGAUGGAGAGGACAUUCCAGUGGAUAUACUGACACAGAUACUCAAGGGGGCAGCUAUGGAAGAGGAAUGUGAUCCUGAGAUUCUCUUGGACAAUUUUGUCACUUUCUUUAUUGCAGGCCAAGAAACCACUGCCAACCAGUUGUCAUUUGUAGUGAUGGAAUUGGGGCGAAAUCCAGAGAUUCUAGAAAAAGCCCAGGCGGAAAUUGAUGAAGUCAUAGGAUCUAAGAGAGACAUUGAGUAUGAAGACCUUGGCAAACUGCAGUACUUGUCCCAGGUCCUAAAGGAAACCCUUCGCUUAUACCCUACAGCACCAGGCACUUCACGGGGGCUUACGGAGGACAUGGUAAUAGAUGGAGUUAAGGUCCCAGAAAAUGUAACUAUUAUGUUAAACUCUUAUAUUAUGGGAAGGAUGGAGCAGUAUUAUUCAGAUCCACUUACCUUCAACCCAGACAGAUUCAGCCCUGAUGCGCCAAAACCUUAUUACUCAUAUUUCCCAUUUUCUCUGGGACCACGCUCCUGUAUAGGACAGGUUUUUUCACAGAUGGAGGCCAAGGUAGUAAUGGCAAAACUCCUGCAAAGAUAUGAGUUUGAGCUGGCUGAAGGACAAAGUUUUAAGAUUUUAGAUACAGGGACUCUCCGGCCCCUGGAUGGGGUGAUUUGCAGGCUGAGACCUCGGACAAGCAAGAAAGCAGCCACACUCCAAUAGCUACUUGCAAUGCUAUGAUAUAAUACAUAUGUUUUCCUUCAUACAUAAGGCAGACAUGUUUUCUUUGACUUGGAGAAAGCUCAUUUUUGUGUUGUGUUGUAUGUGUCAUCUGAAAAGUGACAUGAAACCUAAAACUAAAGUUACUCUAAAUGUUUUUUGUACAAUUCGUGAUACAUAUUUUUAGAUUCAGAGGCAAGCAAGUCUCCUUGCCAUUUGCACAGUGGGAAAGAUUUUUAUGACCUCAGUAUUGCAAAUGGAUCAUUUCUGGGAUCAAUUAUAAAUAUUCUCAAAUCUACAUAGUAUUUAACAUCUGAUGAACAUUCUGUUUAUUAGGUUAAGGAAUUUGGGAUGUGUGUAAUUGUAACUAAAUACUGAUAGCUUUUUAUAGCUGCAGAAAAAGAUUUUUGGCAAGGAAUGGGGUCGCGGGUAAGUUUCAUUGCUGUGCAAAACUUUUACUCCAUCACUGGCUCCCUGCCAGGUCACACAAGCUGACUCCAGAAGCUGGGAUAGAAAUUCUGGUCCUCUCAGUUCUGACGUGCAGAACAGACGGGGGGAAAAUAUCUGUAAAUCACAUUUUUGUGUAAAACAUUUUUUUACAGUUUUAUAAAUAGGACCCUUGAAUUUUGGCUCUGCUAAAACUUUUGUAGAGUGUGCUGGUGUUCCUACUGACCAUGUGUAUGAUGUCCCGGGGGUUGUGCAUGGAACGCAUCUAGCAUGUAAGUUCAAGGGGAAAGAGUGAGACAAUAAGCUAGCCAUAGGGGUGCUGUUUAGAAAAGUGGUACAGCAGCGCUGUGCACUUGAAUAAAAAUAAUAAGUGGAUUUUGUUGGUUUUAAGUUUCUCUUUGUUAAAAACACAUAGCUCUGAACAGGUGCUAAAACUUACACAUAUUUCUGUGAAUGUUUUUCUGGCUGUUAAAUAUACAGUGGCAUGGGCAACAAUGUCUUGCGGGUAUGUACUGGGUUCCCGGAAUCUGAGAUGUUAUUUAUAUUUCCUACCUGAAGAAUGUUUAGAUAUACCAAAUGAACAUAUGAGUUUUAUCUUUUCUAUUUGUCUUUUUAUUGAUUUGUUAUACUAGAUAAUUAACAUUAAUACAAUCCAUUAAAAAUUUUAAAUCAAA